AUGGUUCAUCUGUGUAUAUUUCUCUUGCUUCUACAAUUGUUUUCCGAAUGUGCAGCCCAUUAUCUAAAGGUUCCAUUUAGAGUUAAGAAUCUUUCCAAUGAUUAUCCAGGGUACUAUGUUAACUUAAGUAUUGGUUUUCCAUACCAGGAGGUUGAGAUGAUUCUUUCAACAGAAUUUGCAGACACGAUAAUUAGCUCUGAGUAUAAUUCUAAAGAAGGUUUUGUACCAUUUUAUGCUUUUGGCAAAUCUUUGACAGUAUUUUCAAAUCUAACCAAUGCAGGUUCAAACUACUCGUUCUAUAGAUCGAAUUAUAAGACAGAUGAGUUUCAUUUUGAUGGUGUCACUGUAAAGGAUGUCUCAUUUGUUUAUGUAACAAAAUAUCCCAAAUACCAAGUCAAUGUAUUGGGAUUGAAUCCUUUAUUACCAGUGGCAUCAAAAAUUAAUAAUGUCGAGAUCAAAUAUCAACUGAUAUUGAAUAAGUUGUAUGAUUCAAAAUUAAUUUCAAGAAGAUUAUUUAGCAUCUUUCAACUAAGUGAUCAAGGUGUAGUGAAUAAUGGGACUAUUUUAUUUGGUGCCAUAGAUAACAAAAAGUUCAAUGAAAGCUUACAAACAAUUGAUUUCGAGAUUAACGAAGUUUCUAAUAGUAGAAAACGAUUAGGGAUUUACCAAGGAAUUUAUUUAAAUUUAACAGGAUUAGAUUUUUUGCAUGUUAUAAAAGAUGAUAAGGGCAAUGUGUAUGAAUUUCAAAUAAAUUUAUAUACCUAUAAGAACAAUACAAUGUCCAAUCAACCAAUAAAAGCAAAUAUCGAUAUUGACUUCUGGGAUUAUGCAAUGUCAUUUCCUAAAUCAAUUUCUAAGAUUUUUUUUGGGAAAUAUUUAAAAUUAAAAAUUGGGGAUAUUUAUCAACCAUAUGACUGUCGGGUUGCAUUUAAACAUGAUUAUUUUCGAUUUAGUUUUACAAAUAAAAUCAUUAAGAUACCAUUUUCAAAUUUUUAUAAUUUUGAUUUUUAUACUGAAGAUUGUGUUUUAACUAGAGAUUCGAUUGGAGUUAAUUCAUUUAGUGACAACGAAGUGUUUUUGGGUGAUUCAUUUUUAAGAUCAUUAGUUAUGGUUUAUGAUUUUGAUUCUAAAGAGGUUUCAUUUAGUAAAUUAUUAAAUUUAACGUUACCAUAUGAGGAAAAUAUAAUAUCUGUUAAUGAUUCAAUGUCAAAUUAUAAAGAUAUUUUGAGUUAUUAA